ACGAGAUCACGUGUACCACGCGCGUGAUCGUCGAAGUUGCGACGCGACUCGAAUGGAAUCCGAGCAGGCGAACGAAGAUGUUGUUGAUCGGACAAGUCAGGGAAGUGAGACUGACAUGCUGGGAGAAGAGGAAGUUGCAAGUUCAGAGACUGUCAGACGUUCAAACAUUUAUUAUCUCUGUCUGAGUCAUUUGCUUUCCAAAUGGGGAGAUCGAAUGUGGAUGUUUUCUAUUGGUUUGUUUCUGGUUGAGAUUGGAUGCGGGUCGUUGCUGUUGCCUGCUGUUUCUGGUCUGGCUGUUGCUCUUUCUGUUGUACUGUUUGGUUCGAUGGUGGGAGACUGGGUGGAUAGAAAUGCACGUCUCAAAGUGGUCAAGUUGACGUUGUUUAUCGAAAAUGGUUUGGUGAUUGUAUCGUCAGCUAUCUUGACUGUAUUCUUCUUACCACAGUUAACUGGCAGCAGCCAAGCCAACGAAGUGGAAGACAAGGAGCUUCUUCAUCAGUGGAUAUAUAUACUUGCCAUUGUGGCACUCGUAAUCUUGGCUGCUGCUGCAAACUUGGCCAGCACGGCUACGACUAUUGCUGUGGAACGUGACUGGAUAGUGGUUAUCACACACAAAGAUGAAAAUGAACUUGCAGGUGCCAAUGCGAAGCUUCGUCGAAUCGACUUGGCCUGCAAGAUCCUCGCCCCCGUGCCGGUAUCACUCAUCAUGAACUACUCACUAUGGAUUGCAGCACUCUUCAUCGCUAUCUGGAACAUCAUCUCUGUUGUGAUCGAAUACGCCCUCCUACUCAAGAUCUACCACCGAGUCCCACAACUCGCAAUCAAAGACCUCAAAACGGAGACUAAACCGGAAGCAAAGACGGUGACAAAAUCAGAGAAUGUGGUUCAAGAGGGCGAGGAGGGUUACGCCAGUGAUGAGGAGGAUGACGGUCAUGAACAGCCACGACGACGGAAUUUCUGUGUGCGAUUCAUGCUCAAGCUUCUGACUCCGUAUCGAAAUCUGAUUGGUGGAUGGAAGACGUAUCGACGUCAGACGGCGUUUAGAGCCGGUAUGGCACUGGGGCUGCUGUAUCUCACCGUUCUCGGCUUCAAUAGCGUCACAACCGGCUAUCUCUACACUCAGGGUCUCGUUCCAUGGCAGAUCAGUAUUGCACAAGCCAUCGCCGCAUUCAUGGGGAUCGCUGGCACAUUCGUGUAUCCAAAGUUGAGACGGCGAGUCGGACUCGUGAGGUCGGGAUUGAUGUUUCUCACGUGGGAGUGGCUCUGUAUCCUGCUUCCCGCCGCUUCUGUGUUCGUACCCGGUAACCCCACACGCGGCGGGUACCACUACAGUGUGUGUGAUGACUGUAAUAUGACCACGCCCACGCAGUCUCCCGGUAACAUGUCCUCCUACUUGAUGCAUCACGCUCACAACAUUUCGACAAACUGUUCGACUGAUGAUCAGAAUCCGUUGUCGACUGCCUUGUUUCUCUUUCUCGUCGGAACUUUGGCGUCUCGGAUCGGCCUCUGGGGCUUCGAUUGUGCUGUCACUCAAACAUUUCAGGAAACUGUCGCGCCCAACGAGCGUGGGAUCGUCGGUGGCGUCCAGAAAGUCCUCAAUUCGAAUAUGGACAUGCUGCAUUUCGUGCUCGUCAUUGCAAUGCCUCAUGCCAACCAGUUUGGUUACUUGAUUCUCGUUUCUGUUGCGAUGGUUGGCUUAGGGUUGAUUCUCUAUGCAACGUAUAGCCGCUCCGUUCGCGGCCAUCUCUUCCAUUUUGACAUCAUCAUGAGGCCUUGUAGACAAAAACGGAUGCCCGUAGCUGUGGGAAAUGACCGAGACAAGGAAAUUCUCCUGUCGAGUGACGACGACACGCGUCAAGAUGUCAGUGAGUUGUAAUCGUUAGAAUCGCUUUUGACAGUGAUAACAUUGUGUCAUGUGACUGCCAUGUGAUGCAUUCGUAAUGACAACUCAUGGCAGACACUGUGCGUCCUAGAUGUCACUCAGUGUGUUGGUAGUGUGUCUGGCAGGUAAUGAUGUGUUGCCUCCAGGGUAAUCAUAACAAACUAUGUAUUCUUUCCACAGACACAUCGAAAGUGUGAGAGUGUGAGCAUGUGUUUGACAGGAAGAUGGCUAGAAACCAAGACUUUGAGUCCACAGUGCAGUGUACAUGGGCAUUUAGCGUCUAGUCCAACCAGCAUGUAAAAUGCACUUUCACCAGACGCUCAAUGGCACCAACUUCUGUUUUGAGGAUAUAGCUGAUUAUAUAAUUAAUAUAUUUUUACUCGUGGCAGUAAUUUGUACAUGACACCUA